AUGAAAAUGAAAGCAAGGCCGGUCCUGACGGCGCUAUUCCUCGUCGGCAUUUCCUUUCCUGUGGACAUCACACCAAAGGUAGGCAUAAGCAUUGCUAGUUCAUUCUGUAUCGACUCUGAGGCUCUCUUCAGUGUGGCAUCCUGCCUUGGAGCACCACGAACUGCAGCUUCAGUCAAGGCAGCACGCUGGGCAGACUAUGGGGGGCGCCGUUCAGGAACAGAUGCCACCGGUUCAGCACCGGUCGCGGCGACAAAAUUUGAAGGUGCAGACAGGCGGCUGCCGCUGCGAAUCGUCGUCGCAGAGUCUGAUCUUCACCUGCGCCGGCUCUGGGGAUCCCCGAGAGAGCUACGUCUUCGUCUUGCCUUUCGUUACCUCCUCGCGCUCGCGGUAGGGUACGGCGAGAGAGCCAACGUCAAUGCAACUGUCCACAAGUUCUCCGAUAGCUUCGAUGUUGUGCUGUUCCACUAUGAUGGCCGCACGACGGAGUGGGACGAAGAGUUCGCGUGGUCGAAGAAGGUCGCCCAUGUCAGCGCCAGGAAGCAGACCAAAUGGUGGUUCGCCAAGAGGUUCCUGCACCCGAGCGUGGUGGCACCCUACGACUACGUGUUCGUGUGGGACGAGGACCUCGGCGUCGACAACUUCGCUGCAGAACCGUACCUUGACCUCGUGAGGAGGCACGGGCUGGAGAUCUCGCAGCCGGGGCUGGAUGCAACCAAGGGGCCGGCGCCGAUGUACGGCAUCACCGCCAGGAGAAAACGGCAGCGAGAUGCACAAGAUCCUGAAGAGCAAAUCGGCGUCGUAGACACGCAGUACGUGGUCCAUCGUGCAGUUCCCACGCUCCAAGGCGAGGUAAGAGCUCGUCAAUUUGAGGAGCUAGAGGCCUUUAACUUUAGGUUCGCCAAUGCCGACAAGGAAGUCGCCAACAGAUCGCCGUCGACACUGAAUUAG